UGUGAAGAUGUCUCUAAUAAAGAAACUCUUCUAUUCCUUCGAGAUCAACUGGAUUUAUGUUUGAAGUCCUCCCCUCGUUAUCAGUCAGAUAUUCUUUUAUGGGCUGCUCAAUUUUAUUUUAGUCAUCCGGCGGCAUAUAAGCUUGUGCGUAAUAGUUCAAAACUUGUUUUACCUCAUUAUCUAAAGACUUUAAUACAGAACCUUGGUCCAUUGGAAAGUGGAGUUCAUUGAUUGAUUGAUGUAAAUUUUUGGCGCAAUAGCCAUGGUUUGGCUAUACCGCGCCCAAACCUAGGUAAAAAUUACUGUAGCUUUGUUAAAAUCAGAACAAUUAGGCUGAAAUGAGCAACUUGUUCAAAUUCUUGUUGGGAUUAUAUUUAGAACAAAAAAGUUUGCUCCUUUCUGAUAGGGAAAAAAUUGUAAUUUUAAUGAUGGAUGAAAUUUAUGUUAAACCUGGUGUUACUUAUAACGGCGGGAAAAUUGAUGGAUUGGCCACCAAUGUAAAUAAUGCCGAAGCAUCAACACUCCAAGCAUUUCUAAUUUCCUCUGUAUUUACAAAAAAUAAAGAUAAUGUUGGUUUGUAUCCCAUCAAAAAUCAAAAUGCAGACCAGCUUUUUGAUGCUUUAAUGCAUGUUUUAAAAGUACUUAAAAAUGCUGGCUAUACUGUUCUAUCUGUAAUAGCUGAUAACAAUCGUGUAAAUCGCAAAACCUAUGAAACGUUGUGUGGUGGAAUUCUAAAGCCCAGCAUUGAAAAUCCAAUAUCUCCAGGUGAACAAAUAUUCUUGCUUUUUGAUACUGUACAUCUUUUGAAAAGUAUACGUAAUAAUUGGCUUAACAAUAAUGUAACAAAUCAAACCUUUUACAUUCCCCCAAUGAAAAGUUUGAUUCUUGAAUUGAAACUGUCCCCUGAUAUUUCCUUGGUAAAUCAACUUUAUGCCAGUAUAACUCAUUUAAAGGCUUUGUACAAAGAGGAAUCAAAUAGCAUAAUAAAGUUGGCUCCAAGUCUUACACAAAAAUCACUAUAUCCUAAUCGAUUAGAGCGGCAAAAUGUUUCAUUGGCUUUGAAANAUUGUAUACAUAAUAAUUGGCUUAACAAUAAUAUAACAAAUCAAACCUUUUACAUUCGCCCAAUGAAAAGUUUGAUUCUUGAAUUGAAACUGUCCCCUGAUAUUUCCUUGGUAAAUCAACUUUAUGCCAGUAUAACUCAUUUAAAGGCCUUGUACAAAGAGGAAUCAAAUAGCAUAAUAAAGUUGGCUCCAAGUCUUACACAAAAAUCACUAUAUCCUAAUCGAUUAGAGCGGCAAAAUGUUUCAUUGGCUUUGAAACUGUUUGAUGAAAAGAACAUUGCUGCUCUAGAUACUAUGAGAAGUUCGCUUGGGAAGGAUGUAAUUGGCACUUCACUUUUCAUUAACAUUAUAUCAAAAUGGCGGAGAAUUGUUAAAGUAAAGACGCCUUUUAAAGGCAAACAUAAGCGGGAUAUGUAUUCUGACCCGAUAAGCAGUUUGAAUUCGCCUAAUGUCGACUAUUUAGAAACAUUUAUCCAGUGGCUGGAGGAAUGGGAUACACUCCCUAGCCCCUCCUUCGUAAAACCUAAUUCAAGGAGCGGAAAACUAUCCAAAGAGACUUUUGUUGCCUUGAAACGUACUACUAAAACCAUGCUGGCAUUAUGUGCCUAUUUGUUCAGAAACGUUGUUCCUUCACCAACCAACAUUCUCCUCGGUAAAUUUCAAACUGAUGAUUUAGAGGCUAGGUUUGGCCAAUACCGUACGAUGUGCGGAGGUAACUAUCACGUAUCUGUGACGCAAGUACUUGAAUUAGAAAGAAAACUUAAACUUCUGAGUUUAAUGCAAUUAAAAUCUGCCAAAGAAGGCAAUUUUAAAAUUAAAGAAUUUUUAGACUCGUGUAAGGUGAAUGACGGUGAAAAUUUUCAACCAACAGAGUUUUUUUAUGAUAUUUUGUUAACCUGUGAUUUACACGAUGUCUCGAAGGACAAUUUGAAAGUCUUGAUUUAUAUUGCAGGUUAUGUGGCUAAAGUUGCAGCCGGUGAUUGUAAUGUUUGUAAAAGCCAUCUUACGAUUGAGGAGACACUCAACUGCGACAUUGCUCUUGAAGCAAGGAAGUAUUUAUCUGCUCUGGAUCGUGGUGGAUUACUUUGGCCCAAUGAUUUUCUGCUAAAUGUGUGCAUGACAGUUUUGAAAAUUUUUCAAACUUGUAUUUCUUCUGGGUUUGAAGAAAUAUUUCUACGCUUAAAAAACCAGCGACAAUUUAUUUGUGAACUUUCCAAAGAAAAACUGGCUGAUGAAGGCAGCCAUUUGGAUAAUACAAUUUGUAACUGUAGUAAAACUGAAAAAUCUUUAAUCUAUUCAUGUAUAAAUAUAAUAAGUAAUAUUUUGCUUAAUAAUUAUGCUAAAAUUCGUAAUGAUAAUAUUAGAAAUGCAAAUUUUAAUGCAUCAAAAGAUAAAAGCAAAGUUACAGACAGAAAACUAAUAGCUUUAAACCCGUAG